AUGGAGAAUUCACCUAUAGAUAUAACAUCAAAAGACGAUUUUGAUGAAAAGCCACUUAGUAUUGAAAUUUUAGAUUUAUUAGAACAUCUUAAAGAACGAAUACAAAAUUUAACCGAAAAGCAAACGUAUCUUAAUGAAUACUUAUCUAAAGAAAAAGAUAACUUUAACAAAAUUUCAGAAUAUAAAGAUAUUAUAUUAAAUAUUCAAGCUAUACCCAAAUACAUUAGUAAGACAAAAUAUUUAAAACAUAAAGUCAAGUUUUUUGGAGAAAAAAUAGAUUAUCUGUCUGAAUUUUCUAGACAGAUAUAUAAUAAACGACAUGAUUUAUCAGAACAAUGGAAAACUAUUAAAAAAAUAGAACAAAAAAAAGACAUAACAAGGCUUUUAGCACAAAAAUCAAAUAAAGACAAUUCACCACCUGUCGUUACAUUAAAAAGAGAUGUAUCAAAAGUUAAAGAUGCCUAUAUUGAAGACUAA